AUGCACCAACGACUUCGUGACCAUAUACUCCCAGCUAGAGCACGAGUCUGACGAUCUUCUGGAGGCCAAAGACACGGGUCCGUUCUGCGGCGAGGCCAAGGAAGAUCUCCCAGACCUGGUGGUGUCCACAAAGAACAUUCUGGUCAUCUGGUUCUACUCCAAUCACGAAAAGAGCAGGGGCGGCUUCCAGGGCAAGUGGGCCUUCAUCAAUGCCAUUCACGAGGAGAUGGGCACGGUCGCUCCACGUAUGUGUGGCUACACCGUGCGGAGUGAGAACAAAGUACAGGGCUACAUUAUGUCCCCUACCUACCCCGGGGCCUACCCGGACAACCAGUACUGUUUCUACAAAUUGCAAGGGAAACCGGGAGAACGGAUAAGAUUAACCUUCGAAGACUUUUCUCUCUUUUAUGGGGGCGAAUACUGCCCCUUCGACUACUUACGUAUUUUUGACGGCUACACCAACACAGCGCGGGUGAUCGGCACAUUUUGCGGCACUUACAACCAAACGACAGUCAUCUAUUCCACGGGGGAGGCACUUCUCCUCCAUUUCUCCACUGGGGAAGGGAGACUGUCCUUCAAAGCUCCGCCCAUGGAGGCCAAUGCAGACUUCAAGUUCCCGCGGAAAGGAUUCAACAUCUCUUACGUGUUCAGCGAUAGUUUUGUGUCUUUGGACUACGGUAUCCCCGGUGACGAGAUCGAGGAGGGCAAGUGUCAGUUCCACUACAACAGCGCCAAGACCAAGAUGGGGGAGACCAACUCACCCCGACACCCCGGCAGCUACCCGCUCAACCUCGACUGUGAGUACAUCUUCCGGCCGCGCAGCAACGAGGUCGUCAUCAUCACCUUCUCCGUCUUCAAACUCUCCGACCCGAAGGGCAUCGAUUGCAACAACGGAGACUACGUCGCCUUUCACGAAGAUCUGGGCACGUCUGGCCGAAAAAACUUCACGCUGACCGAGAGGUACUGUGGAGAGGCGUUCCCCGGACCCUAUGCCACUUCCAGACUGCUCAAGAUGUUGUUCCACUCAGACGACAGAGACACCAACGUGGGCUUUAAGGCUUACUACAAGUUUGUCGACAAGCAGAUUAUAGAGGAUAGCAGCUGUGUCACCAACAACAUCAACGCGCGCGGCUCAGGCGGAAUCAUCAUCAGCCCCAACUACCCGCGCAAAUACCCACCUCUCAAACAUUGCGAGUGGAUCAUCCACGCCAGCAAGCGAGAACACAAGAUCCUGGUGGAGAUCGUAGACCUCAACAUGGAGGGGACCUAUCAGGUGGACGGGGCCACCUCUUCGAGCUGUCAAGCUGUAGUUCUCCGACUGUUUGCUGACAGCACGGCCCCGAGGCCUCUCAACCGGCUGUGUGGGAAGCAGCAGGAUCCAGCCAUCAGUCAGUCCUACGUGUCCAUUCAUGAUUCCUUUAAGAUCUCAUUUUUAACAUCAGAAACAUCGUUGGGGGCAAAGGGUUUUAAAAUCUCAUGGACAGAGAUUCACGUUGGGCCUUCAGCAACCAUGGAGUGUUCAGGGUUCAAGUGUCGCGAAAACAAAUAUUGCAUUUCUCCCAAAUUGAAAUGCAAUGGGGAACCCAACUGUGGGAAGGGAGACAACUCGGACGAAACUGCUGAAUGCCCUAACUCUUCGGGUCCAAAGUCAUCUGGGAUACAGAUCCUCCACAUCGCUAUUGGCACUUCCAUAUCUUCGUUUUUCUGCAUCAUUUUGCUCAUCUGCGGCUUUUACCAUCGGCGGAAAUUUCGCACGGAGCGCGCACCGCCGGAUCAUGACCAUGUGGAAGUUCGCUACGUCUCUGCCCCCACGGGAUGUAACACCACCGACAGACUCCUCAUGGACGACAGAAAUGACCACGGCAACGACCACCACAACAACAGCACAACACAAAGUCCCAGAUGUCAGAAAGUGUCCAUGGUAUGACGAAGGCUACACACUUAAGUUUUUAUCUACUCAUAUAUAUAUAAAUAUAUAAUUACUUCAGCCGUGUAAUUAUGUGAAUAUGCGUGCGUGCGUGGGUGCGUGCAUAGGUCUGUGUGUGCGUGUGUGCGUGCGUGCUUGCAUGCGUGUGUGUGUGUGUGUGAGACGUGUUAGUGAGUGUGAUACGAUGAACAUUGGUGAAAAGCCUGUUCUUCUUCUCGUGUUGGUACAUUCAAGGUCUCUCUGAACCAGGUUGGUUAUGCGCAGUAUCAAAGUGGGAAUGUUCUGGGAAAGUGGGCCACUUUUUAUGAUAUAAUUAUAAUGAUGCUUCCAAUUCGUUUUGUACAUACAAUAUUUUCCCAUUGCUACACUCACUGGUAUACUCAUAGUACCAUCAUCAUAUUUGUUAAGUUGUGCCAUCAGGACAACAGCAUGUAAGUGAUCUGCAGUGUAGAGGAAUUUUUCACCAAGGGUUAAUUGAAAAGAAGUAAAGAUUUGCUUGGUUCUUGUGUACAUCAGUUGCUGUUUUUUUGUCAGGCUUAUUGGGAAUUAUCAUGCUAAGACAAGGAAAUCAGCAAUGUGUCCAAUUUAUUCUACAACUGCGUCAAAAGUACAGUACAGAGUAAAAACAUAAAUCCUUACUUUUGAGCAACUGAUGAGUAAGAUGAGUCUAGUAAUUCUCUGUUGCUGAAAAAUAGCAGUAAGUUGAAUUUUCUUUCCUUCCCUUUUAAUAGCAUUGGUACAGAGAAUUUAUCGGAUAAAUUUACAGUUGGACCUGUUGGAUUUAUAAUCAUUGCAAUAUUGAGGAACUGCUCAAAAACAUUUUGCAUUUCAUCUCAGUUGUGUAUUUGAUCUGUACUGUCUCGAUGAUCUAGUUUGUUUAUUCAGCUGACCUUGACUUCUUUGGUUUCUUUAAAGAGCUUCCUUCUAUCCCCUCUAGCAUCCAAGGUCUCGCAAGAGCCAUCCACAGACUGCCUGUUAAUGAUCUUCUACUUUAUUUCUUUCUGAACUCUUUAUAUGAAGAAGAGUUUCUGAACAUUUAGUCCACCCAAUUUCUGUGGGUCGGUGAAGAACUUCAACAUAUUCAGAACCAUCUUCUCAAAGAUAUUGGUCUUUUUGAUCAAACAGUUGGACAUGAUAACUGUGUCUAAUGUUCCCCGGUGUCUUACGCAUGUGAGUUCACAUUCCGCUGAAAUUUUGUCAAUGAGAAUAUUUACACUCUGUGUAGUCUUUGCUAUUUUCUUGGGCUUCAAAAACCAAAAGAAAAUUUUUUUCUGAGUUUAAAUGAUGACUGUAGAAGGUGUAGAGCAAGUCUGUCAGCAUUUUUUUAAUAGAGAAAAAAAAUACAGCUAAAAAUUAAAAGUGGCAUUUGAAGAAACAAGAUGUUUUCACCUUUCUCAUUAGGCCUAUUAUAGUAACUGAACAGAGAUUAUGGGAAGGCAAUUUUUUUUUGCAAAUGUAAGUGAAAAAGAAGUUAUGCAGGAAGACAAAAUGAUUAAUAUAUUCAGUUUGAUGGAUUCUCAUGAACAUUUUUGUCAGGGAUUACUUCCUGAUUCUUAUUUGAAAGGAAACUUUUGUCCUUGCUCUCACCUCACUCUGAGUGGGUGUUUGGUAGAUGCUCUAGUGGGGCUUGCUCCUGCUUUGUUAUUAAACGUCCAAUUUCCUUCUCUCUCCUCCUUUUCUUUGUAUGUUAUCCUCUAGGAGUAACACAAUCUAAUCUUUGGCACAUUUACUUAUUUGUGUUGCACAUGCCAUAAAAGUCUUACUAAAACAAAGCAAAAAAUGCUUUCUGUCCUUUUGGUCAAGGUACUAUUUCCAGGGGUCAUUUCCUCAAAUGUGUCAAUUUCUUUGUUGUUGUAAUACCAGCCAGUAGUUAUCUGCUAAGUUUAAGAUUAUUCCUAACGAGAUUGAUAUCUGGCGCCUGUUCUGCUGACUUUACUUAACACUUUGCGGUCACUUGGCGCAAUAAUGCGACAAUGAAAAUUAUCUUUUCCGGUCACCUAGUGCAGUUCUGUGCCAGGCCUGAGAAGUCGGUUGCAGUCUCUCUCCUGGCUGGGUGGGUGACCAGAAGGGGUAUUUUCUACUGCUGGCUGUAUGACUGCUAGUUGUAUAUGAGUGCAAAGUGUUAAAUAUCACUGGUGAGGUUUGUGAGCCUGGAGAACGUCCUGGAAAGAAAUCAUGAGCACUACUAUGAGUUCUGAAUUCUCAGAACUUCAUGUAAAGUCUGCCAGCCGUUCAGUUGUGUUAGAUCUAGAAUUAACCAAAGAUUUUGAUAAUUUAUUUUUUUGUAUUGCAGUUACGUUUGGUUAAAAAAUAUCUUGUCAAAGAACAAAUUUUUUCGUGGUCUUCAUAGUUAUCAUAGGAGGAGGAGGAGGAGGAGGAAAAGGGAAAGGGUGGGGGGGGGGAGGGAGAUUAGCCUGGCUCAUUAUAAGAGCUAUUACAAAAUAAGCCAAUGGAUCUAUAGAUUUUCUUCCAUUGCUUUUCAAAUGUGUUAUAAUUUAUUUCAAGUCUUGUAUCUUUUUUUUUUUUCAAGUCAUUGUUUAAUUUCUGCUUAUGAUCAACUGGGUCUAGAGGCAGUUUUUUCUGCCUUAUAUUAUGUCCUUUAGCUGAUUUAAAAUAUCUUUAUUACAAGAAAGCAGCAUAUUUAGAUCCAAUAAUUUAAGGGCAUCUCAUUAGAAAGAGUACAAGUAGUCUGCAUAUCCAGUUUCAUGGCACAUCAAAAACAUUUUUUUAAAUGCCAAGGCUUUUGCAUAAAUCCAAAUCACGUAUACAUGACAAAGUCAAAUCAAGAACACAACGAAGAACGUUAAUACCUCUGUCCUUUUAUUUCAUGCUAUAUGGAUAUCAAAUUCCCGUUGAAAUGGAAACAAAUGUGUCAAAAUAGUAUUAAUAGUUUAAAUAGUUGUAAUGAUGAGUUGUGUGUGAACAUUUACAUGAUAUUUGUAGCAUUUUGCUUGUAUUCGCUUGUAAAUAUUCAUGUAUGCUAUUCCACUAUGAUUUGAGAAAAGGCCUACUUUUCCCUUACAUGCCCGUAAGCUGUCUUCCUUUUUUGGCCACAUUUGAAUGUAUGCCUCUGAUUUUACCUCACAAUUCAAAAUAAAUAAGCAUAUCUGCCUCAUUUUACUAGAAGGAACAAUUAACCUUAGUAGAAAUUCUUGAGUUGUGUUUGAGAAACUGUAUGGCUUUGUUUUGAAACAAAAAUACAAUCUGAAAAAUAUGUUGGUUUUUUUCACAAAAAGAAUAUAUAAACAGAACACAAUCACAGAGCACAUCAUUUUGAAAGUCUAGAUGCUGUUUGUUUAAUUAAAAUUUUACUCAGAUAAAGUGUAUGAAGAUAUUUUUAAAAUUUUUAAACGGUAUGAAGCUUUUUGGUAGGCUAUUGGGUUUUUUUCAAUUGAAUAAGUUGCAAAUAGGAAAAAAAUUUGAAUCUUCAUUUUAUGAUAAUUUUAUCAGACUAGCUUGACUCAAGAACACUGGUUAGGUUUGCUCUCUGCCAGUCAAAAUCUCAGACAGAAUGAAGACAUUUUUUUUGUUUGUGUUUGAUUUUAAUGGAUGUGAGAAUCUGUAUGAAUUGUAAAAACUAUUCUAUGAUGUAUUUUAUAAAGUCUGUGUGAUUUUUAUGACCUUUUGUGUGGGUUUCUUAUUACCUUAGUGGAAAAAUACUGUGCAUGAUAAACCUGAUUCAGAGAGGUUCCAAGCUAUCCGAAGCAAUCGCCUGAUGUUCAACUUGUUGAUAAAUCAUUGUCAUAAUCAUUUCAUUCAUCUUUCAUCUAUCAAAAAUUUCUUCUUGAGAAAUUUUCAAUGUAAGUUUUGAUGUUGCGUGAAUGUGGCCAGUCUGUUUUUGAAGUUGCUUAAAUCGGAGAAAGAGAGAAAAAAUACAGUGAGUGAAAUAUGAUGUGAUAACUUUUCUAAGCGUAAUAAUUGUAGUGAAUAACAGUACGUUGUUAAUUUCUAUUGACUAUUGACAAACAACAGUGGUGUUACGUUGUGUUUUCUUUUUCUUUAAGAUUUGUCACCUUUCAGUUUUUUAAAAUACACCUGGGCUCUGAAAGGAUCCCAAAAUGUUUCAGUGAUUGUUGCGACGUUCUAUAAACUAAAAACUCCAACUGAGCUAACGGAAUAUCCAGGAUGUACCAAGAUGUUUAUUAAUACAAACUCAAACUGUAUUUUAAUUUUGCUUAUUUGCAAUGAUUCGCAUGAAUUUUUCCUUUCUUACAUUAAAAUGAAAAUAUACGAAAAAACUCAAAGAUAGGAUUAACUGGGACUACUUUCUUUCUCGAAAGAUGUCUUUCCUAAGGAAAGAUCAUCCACUACUUUUCAGUUAUUGAUAUCCGUACUACCUGAUACUACGUUAGAUACUGCUGAAAUUUGCUUCAGAUGAUUGGAAAAAAUGUUUAAUUCUAAGUGAAACGUAAUAUUCUACUUUUCUAGAGCCUGCUAAAUUCAAUUGUUUAAGGAUUCCUUUGACUAAGUAAGAAUGAUAUUUAAACUUAGAAGAAGACUAGAACUAUUACUGCCAGUUAUCAGAGAUUUGUUUGUUGCUAUUUGCAUCCCAUUGCUCAUAUGAUCUGCUCUUCCUUUCAUUCUUUCAUUACAUAUAAGAACAUUUAACAUUUCAUAAUACAAUAUACACAAUUGUUAUAAUCAUGGUAGGUACCUUGUUCAUCAUUUCUUCAGGAAACAGACAACCCAUGUUACUCAACAACAUCUUAUAAAAAUGGCAUAGAAUAAAAAUCUCUAUAAAGUCUUUUUAGCUGACAAUAGUUUUGUAAAUAGGAGGGGACCGUAAGACCGUAGUUGUGAAGAUGGGGGAACAGUUCUUCUAUUUGUAAAACCCUCCUUGGGUUAGCUAUGCCACAAUUGAUUAGAAAUUUUUCUGAUAGCCAAAAGUGGUGGAUUUCCUCCUCGCUGGGUUCUAAAGUUCUUCUCUUCUUUCCUGGUGUUUUAUAUGGUAAGACCUCGUGAUUAUGUACACGUCUUAGAACUUACUAUCAGCUGUAAUGUUCACUCUCUGAAGCCCUAAUUUCCAUUUAGUAUUUUUACAAUUUUUGGAUAAUGAGUAUUCCAACCUUGACUGAGUCAUUCAAAAUUUUGAGUCUGAAAAGAGUCCGAAAGGAGUACGUUUUACGAAGGUUUUACUGUUGGCAUUUUUAGUCAUGUGUCUUGAUAAGGAGCAAGUGCAACGGGAAGAUGAGAAAAGAAUAGUUGGAUCUAGGCCCUUAUUCUGAUUCAAAUGAGAAACUUUUGGGGGUAGACUGUAAUUGUCUUCUAAUGCUUACAGUAACAAUGAGAAAUUGACUGUAUUUGUAAGUAGCAAAUUUUGAAAUAUAAACUUCAGGGUCAGUAUGAUUUGUAUUUUUAACUGGACUUAAUCAUUUACCGUCUUAAUUGCCUUUGAAACAGUGGUUGGAGGGCAGUUAAUCUGGCAGGUGUUACUCUUGACUACCUCUUGAUUAUUUUUGUCUUUCUGUCUCGCUUUACCCAGCAUUACUGGCUUCUGAGGUGUAGUGGAUAGGUGGUUCAGUGUCGCUCACAGGAGACUUCAGUUCCAUUCUUGUUGGGAGAAAAUUUUUUAUCAAGUUUCUCUACCUUUCUACGGGAAUAUUGUACAUCUCUCAGUCUGGACAGGCAGGGUCAGAAGCCUUCCUCCGAAAUAAUCUAAUUUAUAUUGAUGGGGGAGUAAAAACGCCUAUAGGCCUAUUUAAAAAAAAAAAAGUUUCUCAGUAUUGAGACACUUUUGUCAUGUUAAUGUUCUCCUCUUGAAGUCAAAUAAUUUUGGGGGGGAAGAUCCUUCCUAACCUUUUGAGAAAUGUAAUCUAUCUAUUAACAUUUGCGGUGACCUUGACCAACGGACAAAAUAAGAGACACUCAUGUGAUCCCCAUGCACUGCCUUUCUGGUGCCUCCGAACAAAACAAGCGUAUGGUUUUUCAGAUAUUUUUUUUUACAUCAAGAAAAGAAAAAACAUUUUUAUUUGAACCCAUUGCUAAUUUACACUUUGGGUGUACAUGCAUAUGUAAACGAUCAUACCUAAACACACUAAUUCAUAUGUCCCUCCUUAACACCUUAAACCUGAGCCUAAUUCGACAGUUGGUUUUUUGUUGUUUUUUUAAACCAUUUAUAGUUGUCAGUACUCUGAAUUUUUCUUAAACCUUUGCACAAUGCCCACACUUCCUCAUAUUAUUGUUUUCUUUUAAAUUCAUACCUUCUCACUUAAAGAAUGCUUUUCAUAAUGUGUCAAGAAUAAGUUCUGAUGGUUGCACUGUUGACUGAUUUAUUAACAGAACAACUCCAAGCUUCAUUAAGAUGCCAAAGAAGUAGAAGAAGCUGAAGAUUUGCAUAACAACAUUUUUUUGUAAUUUAUGAUUAUAAUUUUUUAUUAUUCCACGCGAUAUGAGUUGCAGUGUGCCUGCUACACCGCAUCAUAUUAUACACAGCAUUCUUUGUAUUUGCUUUGUUGAGCUUUAAUGUAUAAGUAUUUUAAGCAUGAUUAUUUGCAUCAGAUUUGAUAUUAUUUGUGCUGUGUGAUAGAUGAAGAUGACCAGAAUCUGUUGGGAGGAUUUUGUGACAGGAUACAAUAGGGUUUACAAUUUGUAUAAUUGUGUGAGAAA